CAAAAUGUCACUUGUCACUUUGACAAUCUUAAAGAUGUAAACAAAACUCGUUUAUCCUUCUAAAUUUUUAACUUUCCACGAUGGAUAACGCAAGUGGCCACACGAUGAAUCUCGCUAAUAGCAUAAUCGGCGUGAGCAUCCUCGCAAUGCCCUAUUGCUUCAAACAGUGCGGUAUCCUCUUAUCAGUACUCAUCCUUUUAAUCAGCAGCAUCAUGUCCCGUCUAGCGUGCCACUUUCUGCUUAAAUCCGCCAUAAAGGCCCGCCGGAAGACCUUCGAGUUCCUCGCAUUUCACGUUUUCGGCAGUUUGGGCAAAUUUUCCAUCGAAAUCGGAAUGAUUGGAUUCCAACUCGGCGCUUGCGUGGCAUUUUUCGUCGUCAUGGGGGACCUAGGACCGGCCAUCGUCUCCGAAAUGACGGGGGCUGUGGUCGGAAGCGCCCUCAGAAACAGCGUUUUGAUAGCCCUCGCCGUCUUCUGUGUGCUCCCUUUGGGGCUGCUGCGCAACGUCGAUAGUUUGAAUGGGGUGUCAAAGGCCACGGUGGGGUUUUAUUGCUGUUUAGUGCUGAAAAUCGUCCUCGAGGCUUUGCCCCAUAUUUUCACCGGCGAUUGGGUCAGCGAAGUGGUGAUUUGGCGGCCGGCGGGCAUCCUCCAGUGCUUACCCAUCUUUUCCAUGGCGCUGUCAUGCCAAACGCAAUUAUUCGAGAUCUAUCAAGCCAUACCAAACGCUUCUUUGGAAAAAAUGAACAGUUUGAUCAAAAUCGCGGUGAAUAUUUGCACUUGGGUCUAUAUUUUUGUUGGUGCAUUUGGUUACAUUGCGUUUUUUCAAAAACCUUUCACUGGGAACGUUCUACUGAGUUUUAAGCCGACCAUCACUAGUGAUGUUAUCAAAAUGGGUUUUGUUUUAUCACUAGCUUUCAGUUUUCCUUUAGUGAUAUUUCCCUGUAGGGCCAGUCUCUAUUCUCUUCUCUACAAAGGGCCCUAUACAAGUCUACAUGAAGGCGCCCCCACUAACUAUAUUCCAGAAGUUAAAUUUAAAAUGUUGACAUUAGUAAUAGUUACAGUUUCCUUGGUAAUAGGAAUAAUAAUUCCAAAUAUAGAACUAGUACUAGGUCUAGUAGGGUCAACAAUAGGUGUAAUGAUUUGUGUGAUAUUCCCCGUCACUUGUUUCAUUUGUAUUUCCCCUAAAAACACAAACGAACGGAUUUUAGCCCAGAUUAUGCUUUUUGUGGGCAUAAUCGUCAUGGUUUUAGGAACGUACGCCAAUUUGUACGCUUUUGAGGAGGCGAAACUGAGCAUUGUGACUGAAAAAAACCCUCCACAACCUGAAAUAAUGAAACCUCAAGUGAUACAACCUGAAAAACCUGUCGUCAUCGACAUACCAACAACCAUUAAAGUAGUCGCGAGUGAAGAAAAGAAGAAAAAACCGCCCGAUGAAGUCAAAAUUGAAGCACCACUUGAAGAGAAGAAAGUUGAGGUGCGUCACGAGCCACCCCAACCUGAAGAAAGAGUGAAAGUUGAAGAGGUGCGUCAUGAGCCACCCCAACCUGAAGAAAGAGUGAAAGUUGAAGAAGUGCGUCGUGAGCCACCUCAACCUGAAGAACCGGUGGAAACACCAAAACCGGUUGAAGAAAAGAAGAUUGAAGAGAAGCAAGGGCCGGUGGUCGAGCCGGUGCAGCCGCCAGAAGAACCAAAAGAAGAUAAAGUAGCGAAGAAGAAUGAAGAAGUUGAUAAUGAAGCAAUAAAGAAGGAAGAGACUGAAUUGAAAGAAGAAGAAGAUAAGAAAGUGAAAGACAGUAACCAGAUUUUGAUUGAUACAAUUCAGAAGCAGAAUGAGGUUCAGAAAGAAAUGGUGGAGCAGCAGAAGAAAUUGAUUGAGGUGAUUCAGAAGCACCAAGAAAUUGUCCAGAAUAAAGAUAUAGAUAAAGUGAAUGAAGAAAAAGUGAAAGCUGUGAAGCAGAUUGAGAGUAUUGCGAGGAAAGCAAUAGAGAGUAUCAGUGGGAAAGAUGCUAAGCUUGGUCUUCCGAAGAAAGAAGAACAAGAAGAAGGCCAAAAACGAGUUGAAGAAAUUCCAAAGAAAAACACUGAAGACAAAUUAGUUGAUAAAGUGGAGAAAAUUGAAGAGAAGGAGAAAAUAGUUGAAGAAAUAAAUCUUGUUAAGAAUGAGAGUGGCAAUAUUAAAAUGGUGCCUCUCCCAAUAGCCCUAGCAAAAGCAAAUAAUGUCACACUCGAAAACAAAAUUCCUGAACAGAAAGACACUCCAAAAGACAAAGAAUCAGAAAUAAAAAAUAUGAGACGAGAUAUUUUAUCAGAAAAUGAUGAAAACAAAGCGAGAGUUAAAAGAGAUGUAGCUGAAGAAAAAAUUGAUAAAUUAAAUAAAGCAAUGAAGGAGGUUUGUAAUGAAAUGAAUAAGUUAACAAGCACUGAAAAACCUCUCAUUAAAAUGUUAUGUAAACUCUCGGAACCUGAGUUGGUCCAAGCGGACUUGGGGCUCGACCAGAAUGGGAAAUUUCAUGAUGUGAAGCCCCAAAAGCGCGAUUUGAAACAAUUUAGUGAAAAAUAAGCUGUGAUGUUGUGGCCUGACUGAAUUAUUUGUAUCAGUAUUGUAAAUAUAUGAUUGUUCCAGAA